CUGGUUGAAUCAGUGACUACUGAUAACCCCAAUAACAAAAGUCCAUUCAGGAUUAUACACCUUCUUGAAGAAACAUCACCAUGCCCUCCUCCAUCAGGAGGAAUCGGAGCACUGCUUAGUUCCACAAUGAUGGGUCGAAAUAUGGAAACUCGAGUUGAUCAAAGUCUUUACGACUCGAUCAAAAGUCGAAAAACGGAAGAGCUGCAAAAAGACUGCGAGAACUUGUACGUACAACUCUAUAAGUUGAUACGGAAGUAUCAAGGCCUAAGGAAGAUUAUCAAGGAUCUCCACGACAAGUACGACUCAUCUCGACUUUAUCCGAUUGUUCCUCGGUAUCCUAUCCUGAAGAAGAUGAUCAAGUCCGUGCUAAGAGCUCCAGAAUUCGCUGAUAUUUGCCAUGAACAAACAGAAUAA